CGCCAUUCGCCGCGCGCAGCGACCGUUAACGACAUCGCCGCGUUGUCGCCGAAGCUCUGCUGCGCGUUGGGCUUGUUUCAUUCUCUGUAAUUUUUUUUUUAAAAAAACAGUAAAUCGUUGAUAUAUCUGUGUGCGCGCGUAAUCUGAACCUGCAAAACGGAGAGGCCACGGCGACAGUCUCGUCGCUGAGCUGUCUCGUUCAUCUCGGCGCCCCAUCAUCCUCUGCGAAUGCAACAUGGCGGCGCUGGUGUGCAGGAAGCUGUCGGUUUUGUCAUCUUGGCAAUGUGAGGCUGCAUGGAGAAGGGCUAUUCACACAACAACAUCAUGCUUCAAGAAUCGAGCAGCUCGUGUUCGUGUUGGAAAGGGUGAUAAACCAGUUACUUAUGAGGAGGCACAUCCACCUCACUUCAUUGCUCACAGAAAAGGCUGGCUGUCCCAACACACCAGCAAUCUGGAUGGUGAAGAAGGAGCUGCAGACCGUACAAUUGAGGAUGUUUUCAUCCGCAAGUUUAUUUAUGGAACCUUUCACGGCUGUCUCGCCAAUGACGUGGUUGUGAAGAGGAGAGCAAACAUGAUUGUCGUCUGCGCCAUCUUCAUUCAGAAAUUGCCACCUCAAAAGUUCUAUUUCCUGAUCGGCUACACAGAGACUCUCCUCUCAAACUUGUAUAAAUGUCCUGUCAAAAUGGAAGUGCAGACAGUGGAUAAAAAGAUUGUAUAUAAAUACAUAUAACUGAAUGCACAAAAAAAAUGACCAAAAAGCACAAGCUUUUGUUAUUGACUGAGUAUUGUAACCUGUUUUUUUUUCAAUUUGCAAAGAUUUCUGCUUGACUUGAUAUUUGGGGUACCAGAUGGAAAGUGCAGCAGUCAUUUACGUGGGGUAUGGAGGUUUUUGUUUUGAUUAAGUUUGUCCCUUCAGCCAUGUUGGCAGAAAUUAUUCGAUGUGUCUGGAUGCAAACUGUGAACUUUGUCAAUGCAAUACUAAGGCCAGUGAUCCUUGUACCCAAACUUGUGACAAAAGAGACAACAGAACUUAAAAGCCAAUUCAAUAAAUUGCUGAACACUGCUAA